AUGUUCAUCAAGAAGACGGGAUCUGGUAUCGAGCCGUGCCAGGAGGAGCCCACAGCUGGCUCAGUGCACGACAUCAAAGAUGCGAACAACUUGGACGAUCAAGCAGCCAUCUUUCUUCGAGAACAUGAAGUUGAAUGGGCCAACUAUGAAGCCUCUGAAGCCAAACGAGUUCUACGGAAGAUAGACUGGCGUUUGAUGCCUCUCAUCGUGGGAACCACCAUCAUCGCCGCGGUUGAUAAAAUCCUCAUUUCGAAUGCCGCACUCUACGGCAUGAACGAGGACACGCAUCUGGUGGGACAACAAUACAGCUGGGUUGGGUCAAUCUUCUACUUCGGAUGGCUGAUCGCCGAAUACCCUGCGAAUGCCGUCCUUCAAAAGCUUCCGGUCGGCAAGACAGUUGGCACGGCGGUUGUAGCGUGGGGCGGCUGCGUCAUGUGUCUCGCAGCCGCUCAGAACGCAGCUGGCCUCAUGGUUCUUCGGUUCCUGAUGGGUGUUCUUGAAUCUCCACUGUUUCCCGCUGUUACGAUCCUGAACACCAUGUGGUACAAGAAAUCAGAACAGCCUGUCCGCAUGGCUAUCACGUUCACAGGGUUCUCUAGCCUCGUGACAGGGAUAGUCUCAUACGGCAUAGGUCAUGCGAAGACUGGAAUUGCGUCGUGGCGGCUUCUGUUUCUCGUCAUCGGAGGCUUCACUGUGUUUUGGGGAGCCAUUCUACUCGUCUGGCUUCCUGACUCGCCACUUGCCGACAAUUUCCUGACCGGCAAAGACAAAUAUAUCGCACUAGACCGAAAGUUAAAGUGGUACCAAGUUCGAGAAGCCUUUACCGAUUACAAGACCUACAUACUCUUCAUAUUCUUCUUGAGUAUGAACGUACCGACAGGUGGCCUGGUGACCUUCGCAGCCCAGAUUGUCUCGGGACUCGGGUACGGAAAGUUGGAAACUACCCUACUCGGCAUGCCGACGGGGGUGAUGCAAAGCUUGGCUGGCUUCAUGGUAGCCAUACCGCAAAGAUGGCUGACAAACAAGAGAUGCCUUUCGGCAGGACUUUGUUGUCUCGUUCCCCUGGUCUGCUCGAUUGUCAUCAAAGAGCUACCACAUGACAACAAGGUAGGCCGUUUGAUGGCAUACUACUUCUUCUACUUUUUCUGGGGUCCAUACGCUACAGCACUAUCUCUCCCAAUGGCGAACGUGUCAGGCCACACCAAGAAGCUCACCAUCAAUGCCACCGUGUUCUUGGCUUACUGCAUUGCCAACAUUGUAGGGCCUCAAGUCUUUAUCGAGAGAGAAGCUCCCAAUUACACGACCGGAUACAGCGCCAUCAUGGCGUUUGAGGUGGUGGCUAUCGCGUGCAUGGUAGCAUAUGCAAUUGGAUGCAUAAUUGAAAACAGAAUCAGGGACAGAAAGGAGGGUACCGAAGUAGACGUCACUGUCGUCGAUCAGCUCGGGGAUCUCACCGAUUACGAGAAGAGGGGGUUCCGAUAUAUCUACUGA